UCUCACUCUUUUCAAAAUCUGAAUUAAUAUUUUUUAUUAUUUUAGAAUCGCUUAUAGCUUAAAAUGCCUAGAAAGGAGAAAUCUAAAAGCUCCGCUAUAGGCGAGGUCGUAACCAGGGAGUACACCAUCAACCUCCACAAGCGUCUCCAUGGUAUCGGGUUCAAGUAUAGGGCUCCUAGAGCAGUUAAGGUAUAUCUUCUAUCUAUCCAUCUAAUGUACAGGAUGAGAAUCAGGUUAGCCCGUCUCAGGAACGAAGAUGAGGAUUCCGUACAUAAGCUGUACACACUGGUUACUCAUGUGGUUGUACCCAAGAAUGGGUUCAAAGGUCUUCAGACUGAGAAUGUUGAAACCUCCUCAGAGUAGAUCUUUAAGUACAACAUUUAUGAUAUCAUGUACACUGUACAACAUUGAUGAUAUCAUGUACACUAUACAAUGUGCAACAUUGAUUUCUUGUACACAGUACAAUAUUAAUGAUUUUAUUUACAGCUUACCAACCUUAUGUACAUGAAUAUCUAGUACAUUGUAAUUUACAAUUUGUAAUAUUAUCAGUUAUUUGGACAUAAUUCUAAACAUUAAGUAAUUAAUCAAUUAAGUUUAAUUAUUUAAUUAUGCUGUACUCCAUGUAAUCGAUUAUAUGAAAUAUAUAAA